AUGGCGUACUCAGCUUCGUCGACGAGCUCGUACAUGCUGGCCAUGGCGCCAAUGAUGGACAUAUUAGCGACAAUGCGUUCUGAAACCGCACAGAAGACGCCAAAAGUGGAUACUGAACAGCCGCUAGCCAUGGACCUAGAUUCGCUCUUUGCUACCUUUGCAGAGCUCUCUUUGGACAAAGUUGCAUCUCUCAAUGCUGUUUCUGAAAUAGGAGCUAUCGAAAAUACUGCUGUUGUGGCCAAAAUCGGUGCAGAAUGUAGCAGAGUCAGUCUAGCUAGAGGUCAACCAGAAAACGAGGUGCUACAACUCGUAAAACAGACACUUGUCGAGCAGAAUUCCGACGAGGAGGUGCAAUCGCAUCUCUUUGACAUUUUGGGUUUCGACGAGUUCGAGCUCAUCCUGCUGAUCCUUCAAAAUCGUGCCGCUUUGCUUUCAGAGGAGAACGCAACAAACGAUGAACCUGACAAAGAUCCGCUGCUUCUUACGCCGCAGGAACGUGUGGAGCAGCUCAUUGCCAACCGUGAGAAAAGGAAAAACCAGAAGUUAUCCACGACGGGUGCUGUCGGCGGCAAAAAUGGGCAAUAUGCCCAUGUCUUCAAGAAACCAGACGUAGGAAAUGUAAUUGCCAUAACCGGGAAACUGUAUCUGUUGCCGGCGGGAACUACGCGUGCUAGCUAUCCGACGCACGAAGAAUUGAUUAUACCAUAUCCUGAAAAUGUCACUGGACAUUAUAUUAAAGACUCUCAGUUGGUACGAAUGUCCCAGCUCGAUAAUCUAUGUCAGGGCACUUUCACCAAAUACCAGACUUUGAACAAAAUGCAGAGUUUGGUGUUUCCAGUGGCUUACAACACCAACGAGAACAUGCUCGUUUGUGCUCCCACUGGUGCCGGUAAAACGGACGUUGCUUUAUUGACUAUCUUACACACAAUUGAUCAAUUUUCGACCGAGCGCGAGCCCGCUUCCUUUGAUAUCGACUACGAUCUUUUCAAAAUUGUUUAUGUGGCUCCUCUUAAGGCUUUGGCCGCAGAAAUUGUAGAGAAAUACUCGGAGAAACUCAAAUGGCUCGGAAUCCGAGUUAGAGAACUCACAGGUGAUAUGCAAUUGACUCGAGCGGAAAUUACUACUACCCAGAUUAUCGUGACUACCCCUGAGAAAUGGGAUGUCAUUACUCGUAAGCAGAGCGGCGACAACGAUCUCGUGUCGAAAGUGAAAUUACUCAUUAUUGAUGAGGUCCAUCUUCUUCAUGAAGACAGAGGUUCUGUCAUUGAGACUCUUGUUGCGCGUACCUUAAGACAGGUUGAAAGUACACAACUGAUGAUUCGUGUUGUCGGUCUCUCUGCCACUCUACCGAACUACAUGGAUGUUGCCGACUUCUUGGGUGUUAACAGAAACAUAGGAAUGUUCUACUUUGACCAGCUGUUCCGGCCAUGUCCUCUUAAACAAGAACUCAUUGGAGCCCGAGGCAAAGCGGGCUCCAAAACAGCUCGUGAAAAUAUCGACAGGGUCUCAUACGAUCGCUUGAUAGAAAACCUCCGACAAGGCUACCAAGUGAUGGUGUUUGUUCAUUCGAGAAAAGAUACCGUCAAAACAGCACAAACCUUCAUCAAUAUGGCUCAAGCAAACGGACAUAGUGAUUUGUUCGAUGCUUCAGAAACUUGUGGUAACUAUGAUUACUUCAAAAAGGAAGCCGCCGGAAAGAAGCGAAGCAAAGACUUGCGCGAACUCUUUCCUCGCGGUUUUGGUAUGCAUCACGCUGGUAUGUUCCGUUCCGACAGAAACCUCGUUGAAAAGAUGUUUUUGAACGGAGCCAUCAAGGUUUUGUGUUGUACCGCUACCUUGGCUUGGGGUGUCAACUUGCCAGCAGCCGUGGUCAUCGUCAAGGGCACCCAGGUGUAUGAUGCCAAACAAGGUGGUUUUGUGGACCUUGGAAUCUCAGAUGUCAUUCAAAUUUUCGGUCGUGCUGGUAGACCUCAAUUCGAGAAAUUCGGUACCGGUAUUCUCUGUACCACAAGUGACAGACUCGAUCAUUAUGUGUCUCUCAUUACUCAGCAGCAUCCAAUCGAGUCUAAGCUUCUGGCCAAGCUUAUUGACAACCUCAAUGCUGAAAUUUCGUUAGGCACAGUCACAAAUAUCGACGAAGGAGUCCAAUGGUUGGGUUAUACGUAUAUGAUGGUGCGUAUGCGUCAAAACCCUUUCGCUUACGGUAUAGAGUGGAAAGAGCUUCAAGAAGAUCCGUCGCUCCACAAUAGACGCCGCAAGCUCAUUGUUGACUCUGCCAGAAGACUUCACGCUCUUCAAAUGAUUGUUUUUGACGAACAAAGUGGCGCGUUACUUGCAAAAGACUUGGGACGUAUUGCAUCUGACUUCUAUUUGCUCAACAAUUCCGUUGAAAUCUUUAACAAUAUGCUCAACCCUGCCGCUACCGAAGCCGACUUAUUAGCCAUGAUCAGUAUGAGUAGCGAGUUCGACAACAUCAAGUUCCGCGAGGAAGAAGGUGUUGAAUUGAAAAAACUUGAAGAUGAACAACUUCCAUGCCAAGUUUCGGGGGAGAAGGAGUCAAACCAGUGGAAGACGAAUGUCUUGUUACAAGCCUAUGUCUCGAACUGUGCUUUCAAGGAUUCUUCUUUAGUCUCUGACUGCAAUUAUGUUGCCCAAAAUUCGGCGCGUAUUUGCCGUGCACUCUUUCUCAUCGGUAUUAAUCGUCGUUGGGGUCAUUUUGCAAAGAUCAUGCUCUCGCUUUGUAAGUCUGUCGAUAAGAGAAUCUGGGCAUUUGACCAUCCCCUCGCCCAGUUCGAUUUAAACGAACAGAUUUUGAAGUACCUUAGAAACUCUAACUUCACUAUGCAAGAGCUUCGAAACACUCCAGCUUAUGAACUUGGUGAUUUGGUGCACAACUCUGGAAUGGGUGGACGUAUCUAUAGCUACAUCCACAGGUUUCCAUAUGUCACAAUUAAGGCGGAAAUAUUUCCAAUUACAACACAAGUUGUGCGCAUGCUGAUUUCUCUCAUUCCCGAUUUCUUAUGGGAUGAUCAGUUCCACGGAAAGACACAGUUCUUCUGGGUCUUUGUUGAGGAUUCCGAAGACACUAAAAUUCUACAUGUUGAGAAGUUCAUUCUCCGCAAGGGUCAAAUGGGCUCGCCUCAUCAACUCGAUGUAAUGAUUCCAGUCUCAGACCCACCUCCAGCCCAGCUAGUGAUUCGAGUCCUUUCAGACACAUGGUUGGGUGCAGAAAAUGUGCACCCUGUAUCUUUUCAACAUCUCAUCACUCCCAAAAACGAGACUAUCAGAACAAACUUACUUCGCUUGCAACCUCUUCCCAUAUCGGCAUUGCAUGACCCUGUGGUUGAAGGUAUUUACAAGCCUCGCUUCAAGUACUUCAAUCCAAUGCAGACCAUGACGUUCCACUCUUUAUACAACACCAACUCUAAUAUUUUUGUGGGGUCUCCGACGGGUUCGGGUAAAACUGUUGUUGCCGAACUCGCGAUUUGGCAUGCUUUCAAGGAAUUUCCAAAGUCCAAGGUCGUCUACAUCGCCCCAAUGAAAGCUUUGGUGCGCGAGAGAGUCGACGACUGGCGCCAACGAAUUUGCAAGAACACAAAGCACAAAUUGGUCGAGCUUACUGGUGACUCUUUGCCUGAAGCAAGGGAGGUGAGAGAGGCCAGUAUUAUCAUUACAACGCCAGAGAAGUUCGACGGUAUAUCCCGUAAUUGGCAAACAAGAAAGUUUGUCCAAGAGGUCUCCUUGGUCAUCAUGGAUGAGAUUCAUUUGUUGGCCAGUGAUCGUGGUCCAAUUUUGGAAAUGAUUGUCAGUCGUAUGAACUAUAUCUCAAUGCAGACGAAUAAACCUAUUCGACUCUUGGGUAUGUCUACUGCGGUAUCGAAUGCCUUCGAUAUGGCUGGAUGGCUCCGUGUGAGAGAAGGGCUCUUCAAUUUCUCUCAGUCGGUUCGUCCGGUCCCAUUGCAAAUGUAUAUUGAUGGAUUCCCAGACAACUUGGCUUUCUGUCCCUUGAUGAAGACUAUGAACAAGCCCGCAUUCAUGGCCAUCAAGCAGCAUUCGCCACUGAAGCCCGUGUUGAUUUUCGUUGCUUCUAGACGUCAAACAAGACUCACAGCCCUUGAUCUUAUUCACCUCUGUGGGUUGGAGCUGAACCCAAGAAGAUUCUUGAAAAUGGACGAGCUGGAGCUCCAAACCGUAUUGGAGAAAGUGAAAGACGAGACUCUCAGGCUCCUGUUGCAAUUCGGUAUGGGCUUGCAUCACGCCGGUUUGGUGGAAGCCGAUAGACAGUUGUCUCAUAAGCUAUUUGAGGCCGGCAAGAUUCAGAUCUUGAUUGCGACUUCCACCUUGGCCUGGGGUGUCAAUUUGCCUGCUCAUCUUGUUAUUAUAAAGGGAACUCAGUUCUUUGACUCCAAAAUUGAGGACUACAGAGACAUGGAUUUGACAGAUAUUUUGCAAAUGAUGGGUAGAGCAGGACGUCCAGCUUUUGACACCAGCGGUAUUGCAAUUGUCUACACCCGUGAGUCAAAGAAAGUGUUCUAUAAGCAUUUCUUGAAUAUUGGAUUCCCUGUCGAAUCGUCUUUACACAAAGUGUUGGAUGAUCACAUUGGUGCAGAGAUUGCCAGUGGUACCAUAAGCUCCAGACAAGAGGCCUUAGACUUUUUGACCUGGACAUUUUUGUACCGGAGAGCUCAUAAUAACCCGAUGUAUUAUGGUAUUGAAGACACUUCGCCCUCUGGAGUUUCAGAAUUCCUCAGCGGCCUUGUCAACGCAACAAUCGAAAAUCUUCAGGAGUCUCUGUGUGUACGGUUAGGAGACCGCGAUCUGCUCGUUCCUACUCCAUACUUGCAGAUCUCUUCAUUCUAUUACUUGUCGCAUAAAACAAUUCGUAAAGCCCUUUCGCGCCUGAAUCCCUCUAUGGACUUCCAGCAGUGUUUGCAAGUCUUAUGUAUGGCAACGGAGUACGAUGAAUUGGCUACUCGUCAUGGAGAGGAGCUCAUUAACAUGGAAUUGUCUCAAUCCAUGAGGUUUCCCGCGGAGGAUCUCGAGUGCGAGUUCAUCUGGGAUCCUCAUGUGAAGGCAUACUUGUUGAUCCAGGCCUACAUGGAACAUAUCGACCUUCCAAUUGUGGAUUACGUUCAAGAUACGGUAUCUGUUUUGGACCAAGCUUUGCGUAUUUUGCAAGCACUUGUUGAGGUUGCCGCUGAGCUCGGCUAUUUGAGUGUUGCAUUGCAAUACGUCGAAGUGAUGCAGUGUUUGAAGCAGAGGCUAUGGUUUGACGAGAAUCCUCUAUGUGCAUUGGUUGAUGGGCCAGGAUCUGUACCAAAUGAUAUGCCCAUCACUCUUGCUGAGGUUGGAGCUAUGAAGCCGCCCGCGGUUCUCAAAUUGGCCGAUGAACUCUUUGCCGGUAGCAGUAGCGCUCAGAAAAAGAAAAAUUUCAUUCGAGUAGCAUCGCACCUUCCAAGUGGUGACUUGCUGGCAACUCAGACAGACAGACUGUCCGUUUCAGUAGAGUUGCGUCGACACAACGAACCAUCCUCCAAGGAGUUCAGAGUCCACGCACCUUAUUUCCCAAAGCAACAGAAAGAAUCGUGGUUUGUCAUUCUUUGCGAUAAGUCGCAAAGAGAGCUCUACUCUUUGCGCAGAGCUUCUCCUGAAAUGUCAGGUAAACGAGGAAGAGUACACUGCAAAGUGGAGGUUGAUGAAAAACUCUGUGGAAAAGAAAUUGUUGUUUUGUGUGUCAACGAUGCAAUGAAGAUUUCUUAUAAACAGACCCUCAAGCUCAUGAGCUAG